AUGUCUACAGAGCGGGAAUCUGGACAAGUGCCAAUGGGCAAGGGCUGCCUCAUGCGCUUCAUGGUGAACGACUCUAUCCCCACCGACUCAAUCGAUCACCACUUCACCCUUACAUCCUACGACGGCAAACCGGAAUCCUGGGUCCCGGUGAUCGGCUCUCACUGGCACAAAUAUCACGACGAGUACAUGCAAGUCUUCCAUGGCCGUAUUGCUUUUACUAUGGACGGCAAGGAGACCAUCCUCACGCCGUUGUCAGAGCGCCUUUAUAUCCCGCGACUCCACGUCCAUAGCUUCAAGUUCUUUCCUGGAGAGGCGGCGAGCUUUACGGAGAAGACGAACCCAGCCGGAGAUUUCAAGGAGAGCUUUUUUGAGGAUAUUUUUGAGCUGGGCCAACCUACUUUCGCGACGGCGAUGAGGUCGUUCUACGAUGGUGAUACUUAUGUAGCUUUGCCUGGUGGAAUCAAGGUGCUUGAUGAGGCUUACACGACAGUAGUGGGACGAUUCAUGAAGUGGAUGUAUCCUAGGCAGAAGACUGUUCUGCCUUCUGCGAGCACGGUGACGAAGAAUUAA